AUGCCCCCUGGGUGCUGCCAGACGCCCGUCCCCAGCCCUGUGCGGGCCUCCAGGGGCACUCUGGGCCACUUCUGCCCGGUGCUGCCGCCCCGGAGGUACGGCAUUGUCCUGGACGCUGGCUCUUCACACACGUCCAUGUUUAUCUACAAGUGGCCGGCAGACAAGGAGAAUGACACAGGCAUCGUGGGCCAGCACAGCUCCUGUGAUGUUCCAGGCGGGGGCAUCUCCAGCUACGCAGACAACCCUUCUGGGGCCGGCCAGAGUCUUGUUGGAUGCCUUGAACAGGCGCUUCGGGAUGUGCCCAAAGAGAGACACGCGGGCACGCCCCUCUACCUGGGAGCCACAGCGGGUAUGCGCCUGCUCAACCUGACCAAUCCAGAGGCCUCAACCAGUGUGCUCACAGCAGUGACGCACACACUGACCCAGUACCCCUUUGACUUCCGGGGUGCACGCAUCCUCUCGGGCCAGGAAGAGGGGGUGUUUGGCUGGGUGACUGCCAAUUACCUGCUCGAGAACUUCAUCAAGUACGGCUGGGUGGGCCGGUGGUUCCGGCCACGGAAGGGGACGCUGGGGGCCAUGGACCUGGGGGGUGCCUCCACCCAGAUCACCUUUGAGACGACCAGUCCGGCUGAGGACAGAGCCAGUGAGGUCCAGCUGCGUCUCUACGGCCAGCACUACCGAGUCUACACCCACAGCUUCCUCUGCUACGGCCGUGACCAGGUCCUCCAGCGGCUGCUGGCCAGCGCUCUCCAGACCCACAGCUUCCACCCCUGCUGGCCAAGGGGCUUUUCCACCCACGUGCUGCUCGGGGAUGUGUACCAGUCACCAUGCACCGUGGCCCAGCGGCCCCAGACCUUCAACAGCAGCGCGUGGGUCAGCCUGUCGGGAAGCAGUGACCCCCACCUCUGCCGAGAUCUGGUUUCUGGGCUCUUCAGCUUCUCCUCCUGCCCUUUCUCCCGAUGCUCUUUCAAUGGGGUCUUCCAGCCCCCAGUGGCUGGGAACUUUAUCGCCUUCUCUGCCUUCUUCUACACGGUGGACUUCCUGCGGACUUUCAUGGGGCUACCCGUGGCCACCCUACAGCAGCUGGAGGCAGCCGCAGUGAACGUCUGCAACCAGACCUGGGCUCAGCUGCAAGCUCGGGUGCCGGGGCAACAGGCCCACCUGGCCGACUACUGCGCCGGGGCCAUGUUCGUGCAGCAGCUGCUGAGUCGCGGCUACGGAUUCGACGAGCGCGCCUUCGGCGGUGUGAUCUUCCAGAAGAAGCUUGUGAGCACCUGUCUGCGUGAGCCCGGCGCUCCUGUGUCCCUGUGCGCUCGAGAGGCUAGGCCCAUACAGGUCCUCUGCCCCAUCGCGGGUGCGGGGAACCUGUCUGGCUCAGGCCUCCGUGCCGCGGCCAUCUGGCUCUGGGCGGGCCCGCUGGGAGUCUGCCUGCGUCUCUGUGUGUCUCCGUGUUCGGGGCUCCUGCGGGUGCGGGCUGGCCCUGAGUGCCCGCCGGCUUCGCUGCCUGUGCGCGUCCCGGGGUCGGGGCCUAGUGCUACUCUGCCUGUCCUCACUCCUUGGGUGGCGCUGGGCACCGGCCUUGUGCGCCAUGGUGGGCGCUGA